AUGCUAAUAAAACUCACCUUGCUAUUUAUUGCUUUAGUACGUGCAUGUACUGCAGAUGAGCCGUACUUUGUCUCUUUAAAGACUACCGAGUCUUUGGACGAUUUCAUGGAAUAUGAUCGAAGAUAUCCAAAGCACCUUCAAGUACGGCACCUCAUAAGCGCUUCUGUCUCAAUUGGUGAGUUUAAAGGAUUUGCGGGGAACUUCUCCAAAGAAGUUAUAGAUAGGUUGAAACGGUGUCCUUUGAUCCAAGAUAUCACCGAGGACUUGACAUUUAAAAACUUGGAUUUUGAGAUUCAGGAUGACGCCCCCAGACAUUUGGCUCGGAUCAGCAGGAGAAAACGAUUGAGGCCAAAUAAACAAUACCCUUAUAUCUACGACAGCCAAUUUAUGGGUCAAGGAGUGAAUGCCUAUGUGAUUGAUUCUGGAGUUGAAGUGAAUCAUCCAGAAUUUGAGGGCCGGGCAUCAGCAGGAAUUGAUUUCACGAACGAGGGAUCUGGAGACUCAAAUGGGCAUGGCACUCACGUGGCAGGGUUGAUUGGCUCGGCCACUUAUGGAGUGGCGAAAAACGUGAAUAUCGUUGAGGUCAAAGCAUUGAAUAGCAAAGGGGCUGGUUCGUUGAGUACCAUACUUUCAGCAAUCGACUUCGUGGUCAAUCAUCGUAUAGAUUCCGGCAUGAAAGGAGUUGCUAAUUUAUCCUUGGGAGCAUAUAAAAACCACGUUUUGAACAAAGCAAUUGAGCAUGCCACCAAAACGGGGCUAUUGUUUGUUGUGGCUGCAGGAAAUUCCAAUAUCAACGCAUGUUUGACCAGUCCUGCAAGUUCAAAGUAUGCUAUAACAGUUGGUGCAAUCGAUGAUUACAAUGACUCGGUAGCGGGGUUUUCAAAUUGGGGCGAAUGCGUUGACUUGUUUGCUAGUGGAGCUUAUGUAAAAAGCGUAAAUGCAAGAAACCCUCAUGGUUCGCUGGUAUUGUCGGGAACAUCAAUGGCGUCACCCAUUGUCACCGGUAUGGUUGCUAAUUUGUUGAGUGAAGGUGUUGCUCCUGCACAGCUAAAGUCAACAUUGUUGAAGAUGACGGCCAAGAAUCGUAUAACAAAAUCAUCACUCUUUUUAAGAAAGCAUACACCCAACAGGAUUGUAUACAAUGGAGUCAAGGAAAAAGCAUUGUUGGCAGAAAAGUUGGCUAUUGAGGAAGAAGAAUGA